UGAAUUUAUUGUUGUUUCCCGUCGUAAUAAUUAAUUUCUUUUCCUUGUCCCGUAAAUAUCAAUUUUCCUCCUUCCUUCUGUUUGCGAUUUUGUCAGAGCGCAGAUACGGCUCCGUUUCGUUUCUGAGAAGAAGCAUUCAAACUCGAAUGCGUACAAGGGGGGCUUCCCGGAUCCAUACCUCCUCGUUCGGAUCUGAUCGUCAUUGGAGAAUUGAUGAUAGGCCUUGGCAUAGGGGAGGCGCAUCAUCAUCAUUAUCGUCAUCCUUGUGAUCAUCCUCAUCAUCAUUGUCCUCAUGAUCCAUGGAGACGGGGUUGCCGGACUCUCUGCCCGCUUGCCUGAUGCUUUUCUGGUGGGCCCCACCCAAGAGCUCUCUCAGAUGGAAUGGCCGAUCUACCUAAUUAUGGGAAUCCUGAUCGUGAUCUCGAGCAGGCCCUUAUUGCUUUAAAGAAAGGUAGCCAAUUAAUCAAGUAUAGUCGGAAAGGAAAGCCCAAAGUUCGUCAAUUCAGACUAUCCAGUGAUGGAACAACACUGAUUUGGUUUUCGCAUAAAAAGGAAAAGAGCGUUAAGUUAGCUUCCGUCUUGAAAAUCAUUCCCGGACAGAGAACUGCCGUUUUCAAGAGAUUUGCACGCCCCGAGAAAGAUUAUUUGUCAUUUUCUCUUAUUUACAAGAAUGGUGAACGGUCCCUAGAUUUGAUUUGCAAAGACCAAGCUGAAGUUGAGCUCUGGUUUACAGGCCUCCAAGCUUUGAUCUCUAGAGGCCAACACAGACGUACUAGGACUGAUGUACCUGGUGAUUCAUUUUCAUUUUCUGAGGAUGGAGGAGAUUCUGUUCGGAAUGCGCAUCCUUUUGGUGCAACAGUAGAGGUUUCUUCCUGUAGUUUUGACACAAGUUCUUGCACUUUUGCGCCUUAUUUUAAUUCAGCAAGAUCAGAUGUGGGAUCAGACGGUGCAAAAAUGCAUAUAAGAACAAAUACGGCAGAUGGUUGUCGACUUAGUAUUUCCAGUGCACCAAGUUGCUCCAGUCAAGGUUCUGGACCAGAUGAUAUUGAAUCCUUAGGUGAUGUUUAUGUCUGGGGAGAAAUAUGGAGUGAUGGGACCUUAUCAGAUGGGCGUACAAGUUCCUUCUGUCAAAGAACAGAUGUCUUACUUCCAAAACCUUUAGAGUCGAACGUUGUUUUGGACGUUCAUCAGAUUGCUUGCGGUUUCAGACAUGCUGCUCUUGUUACAAGGCAAGGGGAGGUAUUUACUUGGGGUGAGGAAUUUGGUGGACGGCUGGGACAUGGAACUGACACAGAUGUGAGUCGACCUCGUUUAGUUGAAACUUUGGCAGUGUCAAAUGUGGACUAUGUUGCAUGCGGUGAGUUCCAUACUUGUGCUAUAUCUACUUCUGGUGACUUGUUUGCAUGGGGGGAUGGAGCCUAUAAUGCUGGACUUCUUGGCCAAGGCAGCGAUGUCAGCCACUGGAUUCCUAAAAGAGUUUCUGGCCCUCUAGAAGGACUUCAAGUCUUGUCUGUUGCAUGCGGCACAUGGCAUUCAGCACUGGUUACUUCGAAUGGAAAAUUAUUUACAUUUGGUGAUGGAACAUUUGGUGUUUUGGGCCAUGGUGAUCGAAAAAGUGUUGCAUACCCUAAGGAAGUUGAAUCUUUGAGUGGAUUGAAAACUGUCAAGGUUGCAUGUGGAAUAUGGCAUACUGCAGCCCUUGUCGAGGUAAUGGGACAGACGGGUGUAAAUGCUAUUUCUAGAAAGCUAUUUACCUGGGGUGAUGGAGAUAAAAAUCGUUUGGGUCAUGGCGACAAAGAGGCACGGUUGAUCCCCACCUGCGUCUCAUCACUUAUUGACUACAACUUCCAUCAGCUAGCCUGCGGACAUACUGUUACUGUUGGCCUCACCACAUCUGGACGUGUUUUCACAAUGGGUGGUACCAAUUAUGGCCAGCUGGGAAAUCUGCAGUCUGAUGGAAAACUGCCUUGCUUGGUGCAAGGUAGAUUGGUUGGUGAGUUGGUUGAAGAGAUUUCAUGCGGAGCCUAUCAUGUUGCUGUGCUGACUUCACGAAGUGAAGUGUAUACAUGGGGAAGAGGUGCUAAUGGAAGAUUGGGACACGGAGAUGUUGAAGAUCAGAAAACUCCUACUCUUGUUGAAGCACUGAAAGAUAGGCAUGUGAAAAGUAUUUCUUGUGGUUCAAAUUUCACAGCAUGCAUUUGCAUUCACAAAUGGGUAUCUGGUGCAGAUCAGUCUAUCUGCUCGGGGUGUCGACAAGCAUUUGGGUUUACUAGAAAGAGACACAAUUGUUAUAAUUGUGGCCUGGUACAUUGCCAUGCUUGUAGUUCCAAGAAAGUGCUGAAAGCUGCACUGGCACCAACACCAGGCAAACCUCAUCGAGUAUGUGAUUCAUGCUAUUCGAAGCUCAAAGCAUCAGAAGCAAGUAAUUCAUCUGCAGUUAGGAAGAGGAAUGUAAUUCCCCGUGGCUCCGUUGACGGUAGGGAGAGGCUAGACAGGGGAGAAGUCAGAACUUCAAAGAUUCUCUUGUCACCAACUACAGAACCUGUUAGAUCUGUUGAAGUUAAAUCAGUCAAGAAUGAAAUGAAGUCAGACACUCCUUCUCUAACCCGAGCUUCCCAAGUUCAACCACUGUCACAACUGAAAGAUAUUUCUUUUCCUAGCACUCUGAGUGCACUUCAGACUGCUUUGAGACCAAUUGCUGCAUCAACACCAACACCUACCGGCAAUGCCAUACCCUCAUCUCCGUACUCGCGGAAGCCAAGUCCUCCACAUUCUGCAACUUCAUUAUUCUCUAAAAGUAUUAUUGAUAGCCUAAAAAGGACUAAUGAACUAUUGAACCAGGAAGUCUUAAAGUUGCAAGCACAGGUUGAUAAUUUCAAACAUAAAUGUGAAAUUCAAGAUGCAGCACUGCAGAAAUCAGAAAAAAAGGCUAAAGGAGCUAAUUCUCUGGCUGCAGAAGAGUCUGCCAAGUGUAAUGCUGCAAUGGAGUUUAUUGACUCUCUUCAAGUGCAGCUGAAGGAAAUGGCAGGAAAACUGCCUCCUGAGGUUGAAGACAAAUUUCAAGCCUUACAAAUUGAAGCAGAAUCAUUGCUAAAAAGUAACAGAAGCCGUGGGUCUCAAUUUUCCGCAUCCUCGGCAAUGGAUUAUUCAGAACAUGAUCGAUCAAACCUUGCCAAUGAAGGAGUUGUUGAUGUCCAUGACCCAAAGAUGGAAAAUCACGGGGAUGAAUUAGAACUACUACAAAAUCCUACUGAAGGCAAUGCUCCACAUAGAUUAGCUGUUACCAGGGAGGCUACACUUUCCCACGGUGUUGAGACAAGCUCAAGAUCAUCUGGUAAUUCUCCACCGAGGUACGGUAGCCAUGGAGAGGUACAACUGACUGAGCAAUUCGAGCCUGGUGUUUAUGUGACUCUUGUUCAGCUCCCAGAUGGUACGAAAGUUUUCAAGCAGGUCCGGUUCAGCAAACGAAGAUUUGCUGAGCAGCAGGCUGAGGAGUGGUGGAAGGAAAAUCAAGAGAGGGUGUUCAAAAAAAUAUAAUUAUUCAGCUCAUACUUCUUCCUCACAGUCUAUGAGUGCACAACCUGCUGCGGAGGAACGGGUCACAUCAUCUGAGGCCUAGAUUUGCUGCAAUCUUAAACGACAAUACCAUUGAUGAGGAGAGUCACCGAGUCCAAUUUCUAGAAGAAAGACUUUCUUUUCAUAGGGUGAAGUUGAUGGCUUUUUCUUCUUAGUCUAUAAUAAUUUGUCGAAUAGGCGGGCAAUGAAAUGAAUUAUAUAAUCCAGAAAAAAGCUAGCCGUGUAAUUGUCAAUCUUCUGUUCUUAAUUCCAUUGUAUUUUCCUCUUCUUCCU